GGAACUGCGGACCCCUCCUCCUGGAACAGGGCCCAGGCCAGUGGAGCGUUCUUGCCAUGAACCAGAACCCUGCCUUCGUGCCCCGGCGGGGCGGCUCUCCUUCGGCGGCGGCUGCCGGAGCCGGCGCGCGGCGSAACGAAAGCCAGGACUAUCUGCUCAUGGACUCGGAACUGGGAGAUGAAGACUGCCCGCAGCUCCCGCUGCCUCCCUACGGCUACUACCCCUGCUUCCGGGGCACUGACAAUAGACUGACUCACCGGCGGCAGACGGUUCUUCGUGAAAAGGGGAGAAGGUUAGCUAAUCGAGGACCUGCAUACAUGUUUAAUGACCGCUCAACAAGCCUAUCUAUCGAGGAGGAACGCUUUUUAGAUGCAGCUGAAUAUGGCAACAUUCCAGUGGUGCGGAAGAUGUUAGAAGAAUGUGUCUCCCUCAAUGUUAACUGUGUAGAUUACAUGGGCCAGAAUGCCCUGCAAUUGGCAGUGGCCAAUGAGCACCUGGAAAUUACAGAGCUGCUUCUCAGGAAAGAAAACCUCUCUCGGGUUGGGGAUGCUUUGCUUCUAGCUAUUAGUAAAGGUUAUGUUCGGAUUGUGGAGGCAAUUCUCAGUCAUCCGGCUUUUGCUGAAGGCAAGAGGUUAGCCACAAGCCCUAGCCAGUCUGAACUGCAGCAAGAUGAUUUUUAUGCCUAUGAUGAAGAUGGGACACGGUUCUCCCAUGACGUGACUCCAAUCAUUCUGGCUGCUCACUGCCAGGAAUAUGAAAUUGUGCACACUCUCCUGCGGAAGGGUGCUCGGAUUGAACGGCCUCAUGAUUAUUUCUGCAAGUGCAGCGAAUGCAACCAGAAACAAAAGCAUGACUCCUUUAGCCACUCCAGAUCUAGGAUUAAUGCCUAUAAAGGCCUGGCAAGUCCAGCUUACCUGUCAUUGUCUAGUGAAGAUCCAGUGAUGACGGCUUUAGAACUUAGCAAUGAGCUGGCAGUGCUGGCCAACAUUGAGAAAGAGUUCAAGAAUGACUACAAAAAACUGUCAAUGCAAUGCAAAGAUUUUGUGGUUGGACUCCUUGAUCUAUGCAGAAACACUGAAGAAGUUGAAGCCAUUCUGAAUGGGGAUGUUGAAACACGGCACCCGGGUGAUCACAGCCGUCCCAAUCUGAGCCGUUUAAAACUUGCCAUUAAAUAUGAAGUAAAAAAAUUUGUAGCUCAUCCAAAUUGCCAACAGCAGCUUCUCUCCAUAUGGUAUGAAAACCUUUCCGGUCUAAGGCAGCAGACGAUGGCAGUCAAGUUCCUCGUGGUCCUCGCUGUUGCCAUUGGACUGCCCUUCCUGGCUCUCAUUUACUGGUGUGCUCCUUGCAGCAAGAUAGGAAAGAUAAUGCGUGGACCAUUCAUGAAGUUUGUAGCACAUGCAGCCUCCUUCACCAUAUUUCUGGGACUUUUAGUCAUGAAUGCAGCUGACAGAUUUGAAGGCACCAAACUUCUUCCUAAUGAAACCAGCACAGAUAAUGCAAAACAGCUGUUCAGGAUGAAAACAUCCUGCUUCUCAUGGAUGGAGAUGCUUAUUAUAUCCUGGGUAAUAGGCAUGAUAUGGGCUGAAUGUAAAGAAAUUUGGACUCAAGGCCCCAAAGAAUACUUAUUUGAGUUGUGGAAUAUGCUUGAUUUUGGUAUGUUAGCAAUCUUUGCAGCAUCAUUCAUUGCAAGAUUCAUGGCAUUUUGGCAUGCUUCCAAAGCUCAGAGCAUCAUUGAUGCAAAUGAUACUUUGAAGGACUUGACAAAAGUUACAUUGGGAGACAAUGUGAAAUACUACAAUUUGGCCAGGAUAAAGUGGGACCCUUCUGAUCCUCAAAUUAUUUCUGAAGGUCUUUAUGCAAUUGCUGUAGUUUUAAGUUUCUCCAGAAUAGCAUAUAUUUUACCUGCAAAUGAAAGCUUUGGACCUCUGCAGAUAUCACUUGGUAGAACAGUAAAGGAUAUCUUCAAGUUCAUGGUCAUAUUCAUCAUGGUGUUCGUGGCCUUUAUGAUUGGAAUGUUCAACCUCUACUCCUACUACAUUGGGGCAAAACAAAAUGAAGCCUUCACAACAGUUGAGGAGAGUUUUAAGACACUGUUCUGGGCUAUAUUUGGACUUUCUGAAGUGAAAUCAGUGGUCAUCAACUAUAAUCACAAAUUCAUUGAAAACAUCGGUUAUGUUCUUUAUGGCGUCUAUAAUGUUACAAUGGUCAUUGUUUUGCUAAAUAUGCUAAUUGCAAUGAUUAACAGUUCAUUCCAGGAAAUUGAGGAUGACGCUGAUGUGGAGUGGAAAUUUGCAAGGGCGAAACUUUGGUUUUCUUACUUUGAAGAGGGAAGAACACUUCCUGUUCCCUUCAACCUGGUACCAAGUCCAAAGUCCCUGUUUUAUCUCUUACUGAAGUUUAAAAAAUGGAUUACUGAGCUGUUUCAAGGUCAUAAAAAAGGUUUCCAAGAGGAUACGGAGAUGAAUAAGAGAAAUGAAGAAAAGAAAUUUGGAAUUUUGGGAAGUCAUGAAGACCUUUCAAAAUUAUCACUUGACAAAAAACAGCUUGGGCACAACAAACAAUCAAGUAUAAGGAGCUCUGAGGAUUUCCAUUUAAAUAGUUUCAAUAAUCCUCCAAGACAAUAUCAGAAAAUAAUGAAGAGGCUCAUUAAAAGAUAUGUACUGCAAGCCCAGAUCGAUAAAGAGAGCGAUGAAGUCAAUGAAGGGGAACUGAAGGAAAUUAAGCAGGACAUCUCAAGUCUCCGUUAUGAACUCCUUGAAGAAAAAUCUCAGAAUAUGGAAGACCUAGCAGAACUUAUUAGAAAACUUGGGGAAAAAUUAUCCUUGGAGUCAAAUCAAGAGGAAAGCAAUAGAUAAUGCCAAGACUUCCUCAAAAUUUUGUAUUUAUUUGUCCACUUGAAGCUAUAUUAUUUUCUGAUUUAUUUUUUUAAGUGCAAAUGAUAAAAAAAAAAAAUCCUUAAAAAAAUGCUAUCUUGGACUAUCCUAUCAUCUG